AGGGAGGUGGGUCAUAGCUGGGUCCUGGAGCCGAACUGAGGAGCCCUGGGGAGCCUCAAAGUUUGUGUCUGGAGCAGUAGCGGAGAGUGGGCUUAUUGCGAAGGGAUUUUCUUGGGAUGAGAGCUGCUCUCCUGCCUUCAUUUUGGAUGCGCGCCCUGCUUUAACCCCUGCAGCCUUCAGCCGGAUCCCUGGACAGCCUGUCUCCCCCGGCACCUCUCAGACUUCCGAGGACCCCGGACGGGAGCCCUUAGCACUUCUCCCUCGGGCAGAGCAGAGAACGUUUCUUCCUAAGUGCAUAAGCUUCACGCACACGCGCACACACCCACACACGCGCACACACCCCGCGGAGCCGGACCUUACCCUCCGAGGCGGCUCUGCCCGCUCCUCUCCUGCCCUCAGCAUCCUCGGCCCAGCGUCCCUCGGCCCAGCAUGGAGGUGCUGGAGAGCGGGGAGCAGAGCGUCCUGCAGUGGGACCGCAAGCUGAGCGAGCUGUCAGAGCCCGGGGAAACCGAGGCUCUAAUGUACCCUACGCACUUCUCAGAACUCCUGGAUGAGUUUUCCCAGAACGUGCUGGGUCAGCUCCUGAAUGACCCUUUCCUCUCAGAGAAGAGCGUGUCGAUGGAGGUGGAGCCGUGCCCGACAUCCCCCGCGCCUCUCAUCCAGGCCGAGCACAGCUACUCCCUGUGUGAGGAGCCUCGGGCCCAGUCACCGUUCUCCCACGUUACCUCCGGUGACAGCGUCAAUGACGAUGAAGUGGAAAGUGAGAAAUGGUACCUGUCUACAGACUUUCCAUCAACCACCAUCAAGACAGAGCCGAUUACAGAGGAGCCACCCCCAGGACUUGUUCCCUCUGUCACUCUGACCAUCACAGCUAUCUCCACCCCUUUUGAGAAGGAGGAACCCCCGCUGGAAAUGAAUACUGGGGUUGAUUCCUCGUGCCAGACCAUUAUACCUAAGAUCAAGCUGGAGCCCCAUGAAGUGGAUCAGUUCCUCAACUUCUCUCCAAAAGAAGCCUCCGUGGAGCACCUGCACUUACCCCCCACCCCUCCCAGUAGCCACAGCAGCGACUCGGAGGGCAGCCUAAGCCCCAACCCCCGCCUGCACCCCUUCGGCGGCCUGCCGCAGACCCACAGCCCCGCCAGAGCCGUGGCGCGGGCCCCUUCGGCCCUGUCCAGCUCCCCUCUCCUCACGGCCCCUCACAAACUGCAAGGGUCAGGUCCACUGGUCCUGACAGAAGAGGAGAAGAGGACCCUGAUCGCCGAGGGCUAUCCCAUCCCCACCAAAUUGCCUCUAACAAAAUCAGAGGAGAAGGCUUUGAAGAAGAUUCGGAGGAAAAUCAAGAACAAGAUUUCUGCCCAGGAAAGUAGGAGGAAGAAGAAAGAAUACAUGGACAGCUUGGAGAAAAAGGUGGAGUCUUGUUCAACUGAGAACUUGGAGCUUCGGAAGAAGGUAGAGGUUCUGGAGAACACCAAUAGAACUCUCCUGCAGCAACUACAAAAACUUCAGACUUUGGUGAUGGGCAAGGUUUCGCGCACCUGCAAGUUGGCGGGCACACAGACGGGCACGUGCCUCAUGGUGGUCGUGCUAUGCUUUGCUGUCGCAUUUGGCAGCUUCCUUCAAGGCUACGGACCCUAUCCUUCUGCCACCAAGAUGGCUCUACCCAGCCAGCAUUCUCUGCAGGAGCCGUAUACAGCCUCUGUCGUGAGAUCCAGGAAUCUGCUGAUCUACGAGGAACAUUCCCCGCUGGAAGAGCCGUCCAGCCCAGCCUCGGCUGGGGAGCUUGGGCACUGGGACCGAGGAUCCUCUCUGCUCAGGGCAUCAGGCCUGGAGGCCAGGCCUGAUGUGGAUCUUCCUCAUUUCAUUAUCUCCAAUGAGACCAGCCUGGAGAAAUCCAUGCUGUUGGAGUUACAGCAACACUUGGUCAACGCCAAACUGGAGGGGAACGAGACACUAAAAGUUGUAGAACUCGACAGAAGAGUGAACGCCACUUUCUAAAGAGGCUGUCCACCUCCCUCUUUCUCUUCACUCUGCUUUCCUGUCCCCAAACCACCUUUGUCAUAAGCUUUUCCUUUUUUGCCUUUGAUCUGGACGAAGACAUGGGCGAGCGAUCAUGGCUUUGGAUGGGAGGACAGCCUGGGAUUUCCACCUGUGGUGAGAGACCACCUUCCCUCCAUCCCAUGCCCCCCCGAAGGAGGGAGCCCGGCAUCCCUCCCUCCCUCCUAUUUACUGCCAUAGGAAGUUAUUUUAGGGUUGGGGCUGGAACAAGCAGGCCCGUUUCUACCAAUAGUGCCAAAAAGAUACUGCCUGAUUUUCA